GCAUAACCGGGAUCUGUCAUUGUAAAUCGUCUAAAAAAUUAAGUUUAUAGUUGUGUUUCCUCUUCUGUAUUCUUGUGUUAGGUUUAAAAAUGUCCAAGCUGGAACAAGUGCUGACUAUAGAACCCGAAAAUGAACUCAAAUUUAGAGGGCCUUUUAAUGUAUCUGUAACAUCAUAUAUGAAAUUGCAUAAUCCUUCAGACAAAAAAGUACUGUUCAAGAUAAAAACAACAGCCCCAAAGAAAUACUGUGUACGCCCUAACUCGGGUACAAUAAAUCCAAACACUUCUAUAGAAAUAGCAAUAACCCUACAGCCUUUUGUAUAUGACCCAGCAGAAAAGAACAAACAUAAGUUUAUGGUUCAAACAGUAUUUGCUCCUGAUGGUGAGGUUACCUUAGAGCCAUUCUGGAAGAACAUCAGUCCUCAACAGUUGAUGGACUCAAAAUUAAAAUGUGUAUUUGAAUUGCCACCAGAAGAUGAAGUUAACGAAGAGGCCAACAAAGCUAGUCCAAAACUUGACAAUAGCUUACCACAGAACUCAGAUGAAUCGAGUGAAUUAAAGAAAGCAGCAGCUGAGAUCCAACAAUUAAGGGAGGACGAAAGCCAGCUGAGGUCGGAAAACUUUAAGCUGCAGGAGGAGAUUCUGUUGCUAAAACACCGAGUGCAGAAUCAAAGCAACAAAUACCCGACGGCCUCUGGCAGGUACGAACCGCCAGCGGCCUCCCAGAAAAUGCCGAUUCCGAUGGAGCACAUCCUGGUGGCGGUCAUUUUGGGCUUUUUAGGAAUGAUAUUGGGAAAAUUUGUACUUUGAGACCGCUCUCUAAAGACACUGCAGUGUUGUCGCCCGCAACAACACUAUAUUGUAUAUUUAUUACAACUUACUUCAUUAUAACUACCUACUGUAACAUAAAUAAAAUCUUUUGUGCAUACGCCACACGGCUGUUUUAGUGGCCUUCUUUGACCAGUCACUUUGAUUUUUCAUCGCCAUGUUUCUAUUUUUAUUCAUUUUUUUGUUGGGUAAUCACUUUGACCUGUUUCAAGUAUCAUAGAUUUAUUAAAACCAUAAGCAUGUCUACUGCAUUAGUAUUAUUAAGAGCCAAUCAGAUGUCUCAAAAGUAAUCAGAAACGAUUUACAAACUGUUUUUUAAGGAUCUGAUUGGUGCUGGAUAACUUCUGAUUCUUGUUGGAACAAAGAUACUUUGACAGCUUGAUGUUUUAUUCAUAAAGCAUCUAUAGUUGAAGCAAUGUCAAACACUGUUAACUUUGUUGGCCUUGACUACAGAGUGCUUCAAAUAAAGUGCUGAUAUUCUAUUUUAUUGGUUCAAGUUUUACCCCGUGUAUUGUUAGCCGCGUGUAUAUAUUUUGUUUCUAAAUCUAAUAUUUAUGUAAUCAUUUUUGCUUGAAACACUCUGUACUGACUUUACAUUUCUUUAGAUGUGCAAAAGUGUUUGAUUAUAAAUAAUAUGGCGGUUUUACUUAUUAAUGCCAUGUUUUGUGUUUUAAAUUAUAUAUUUUGUUUGGGUAUGCAGGAAAAGUUUGUCUAUGAUUAAAAUACAAACCAAUUUCAUUGCCAGAACGAAGAUAGUAAUUUAUUUUUGUUAGGACUGACAUCCUAACAAAAAAAUAUUAAUUUAGUUUGAUAGACUUGGUUACAAAUUUUUUUAUACGUUCUUUAAACUCUUGCUGAGUACCCAUUCUUGUUAAUCAACUUUCCAGUGUGAUUUUGUUUUUAUUAUUUUUUUGUUAUAUAAUCUAGUUGUAAAUGUAAUAUGUAGUUAUACUACAAGUAUAGGAAAGUAGAUUAACAGUGCAUUUUUUAAUUUUAAAUUAGUAUAUGUGGUAAAAAGUCUUAUUUUUAAAUUUUAGUAAGGGUCAAGCACUUGCCAAGGUUUAUCGAUAUUUAAAUCACUUAGAAUAAAUAUAAUGCAUUUGAUUUAAAAUACAUAAUAGACAUAGUAGGUGAUUGAUUUUUAAUAGAAUGGUGCUGAGUUUUAUUAAUUUUUUUUGUCAAAUCUAUUAUUUUAAAUAAACAAAUUUGGAAAUGAGGAUUUAUACGUCAAAUUUAUUUAACCCAUGGUAUCUAAUAAUUAUUAAGAACUGGUUAUUUAUUUAACAUUUGGAGUUUGAAUUUCAGUGUUUAAAUUAUCUCUGGUAUUUAUAAUGUAUAUAAAGCGAAACUAAGUAUAGCCUCAUUUAGAUUUUUUGACUAAAAAACACUGUAGAUUUAGGCAAAAUGACAUAAAAAAUUUUAUUGUAGAAAACUUGGCUUGGUGCAGUUUGUUCAUAUGUAUUAUAUUUUAACACAUUGUAAUAUGUUAUAUGCUGUUAGCCUGGUAAGUGUAACUUCAAUAAACUAUACUUAAUUACUA